GGGGCUGCUGGUUCCCUCCCAUCCGCUUCCACCAUCCUGUCAUCCAGAGGUUACGCCAGCCGGGAUUACGCUCGCAAAAAUGUGAUUUUGUACAAAUAGCACAGCCAGUUAGGUGUUUGAGGUAGUGUGCCGACAUCUACUGAAUCUCAAAGCUGGUAAAUAAGAAUCGUGUGCGCCUGAGCAGCUUCUGUAUUUUCAAGGUUUCUUCUGGAGGUUGUUGUUGGACGGGACAGCGGAGCAUCGACUGAGGUUCCCGGCGCAUUGCUCUACCCCCAUCCCAGAGAUGCUGCCCUGCCUGCGGAGAGUCCUGCGGCCCGCCCUCUCUCUGAGAGCCGGGACUGGGUUGGCCACAGGCGGACUCAGCAACCACCAAACACCCGCCGUAGCAUCCCCGGCACGGUUCGCCUCAGAGCCCCCCCUCUCCAUGCUGGUGCAGCGGUGUAACCUGGGCACACACCCGGAGCCCGUGGAGCCCCUCAACUCGCCCCAAGGAGCCAAAGAGUUUAUUUAUAGCCUCCAUCCGUCUGAGCGCACCUGUCUGCUGCGAGAACUGCACAAGUUCGAGUCCAUAGCUAUAGCUCAAGGGCAGCUGAAAGUUGCACCACCUACUGCAGCACAGUUAAGAUAUGUUCUGCUGCACAAUGCACUUCCUUUCGUUGGAUUUGGAUUCCUGGACAACUGCAUCAUGAUUGUCGCUGGCACACAGAUUGAGUUAUCCAUCGGCGUGAUCCUCGGCAUUUCAACUAUGGCUGCUGCUGCCCUUGGCAACUUGGUGUCUGAUCUGGCAGGACUAGGGCUGGCAGGUUAUGUGGAGGCCUUGGCAUCUCGGCUGGGAAUGCAGAUUCCUGACUUAAGCCCAAAACAGGCUGACAUGUGGCAGACCAGAGUCAGCUGUCACUCGGGUAAAGCCAUUGGUGUUGGCAUCGGCUGUAUCCUCGGCAUGUUUCCUCUUCUGUUCUUCAAGGACGAUGACGAGAAGAAAAAGGGCCAGGCGAAGGAGAAAACACAAGCACCACCUGCUCCAACAGAGAGCAGCAAAAACUGAAACUGUCAACUCGCUGGAGGCAAAUACUAUUUGGAAUCCAUUAGAAUACUUUAAACUGGGGCUGAUUGGCUGUGUCUGGUGGACUGGAGUGUAUGGAAAUGUCAUUGAACCCCAUACAGUCUAAUCACUGGGUACUUUACUUUGCAAGGCCCAGUCAAAGUAUCAAAGGUAUUCUGAAGAGGAUUUUAGAUAUUAUUUGAUUGUAGACUUUGAACUCAAGCACAGGGACCUGACCGUCUCUUGAAGAGACAAGAGGCGGUUGAUUCUUUGGACUGCUGCUAUUCCAGCUAUUGCACCGUAACCUCACCUUGUUUUGACUGACCGACACGGGCUGAAACUCAUCUAUCUAAAACACAGUACAGUGACCUCUCCUCUCCUCCAAGUCUGUUGAAAAUAUAAACCUCUGAAUCUAGUUGGUUAGAUGACAAGUAAAAGUAAAGGCUUAAAGUAUCACAAAACUUUGGAACCAAUGCAAGAGAAAAAAGCACUUUCAGAGCUCAUUCAGACAAAAGUAUCUUACAAGGCAUUCUGACGUUGACGGUUUCUUUGUAUAUUUUCAGAAAUUUGAAUAACAAAUAGAGGAAGACUGAAUGAGGAGGCACGCCAAUGGCUUGAUUCAGCAGUGUUAAAAACCAUGCUUUGAAGACCUUUCUGUGUUUUCUAAUCAGUUUCUGAGGAUGAUGAGUUAAAGAAAGGGGGUCACUUUUGCAUAUAAAGAUGCACCUUUCCACAUCAAGUACAAUAUUCUUAAGUUUUACAAGCAUGUCUGCCUUUUCUCAUGACGUCAUAGUCUUAAAAAGUCCUGCCAACCUGCCUCAUUCACACUCCAUGACAACCAGUCCGCUUCUUUUAGUGAGAAUGCAGGCAGUUAAAUAUGUAACACCUGCUAGCUCCUUCUUUAGAUUUGUAGGUUCUUUGUUGGUGAUUAACUUUAUAUGAUGUGCUUGUAUGCUUUGUGAUAAUCACCCAAAGCAGUAACAUGCACAACAUAUACUAUAUGUAACCAGUUAGGUGCAAUUCAACAGAAUCUAACCUUUUUAAAGAAGAGUUUACUUUCCUCAGAAGAGUUGAGCAGGAAGGAGAGAAAUACAGAGAGGCUGUGGCAGAAAGAUAAGAAAUACCAACACUAAACCAAAUGAGACCCCUGUCCCAUUUGCACCGGUCCUCUGGCUCCACCAUAUAAUUAAUGUCAUCUCUGCAUCAACCAGCUGCAGCUGAACUACAACACACAUCUUCCAUGCAUAGUGAGACCACACCAGGCCUCUAGUCCAGUUUUUAUUAUGGAGCCAAGUAAGGACAGCCUGGAAAUACUCACAACUACAGCCCAGUAGAUAGUUCCAAUUUGACUUAACACUAAAUGAGAAGAUUGUUACCCUGUUUCCAUUCUGUGAAAAAGCUGCUUUUUAAUACUAACACACAACUACAUUAUUUUCCUGUAGCUAUAUUGUCUCUGCUCUAGUGCCCUCUGCUGGAUGAAAUUCAGAAAAAGUUUUCAGUUAGUUCAGUUUACACCUCAUACUGUCACACACUUAUGUUAUAAAUCAUCUCCAAUUUGCUUUCCCUGUUGAGUAUUAGUAUAACCCCACAAUGCCUAGCUGCUAAAUUUCUCUGGCUAUAAUUUAUUACUAUGAUUAUGAUUAAUCUGCAGCAUCUGCCAGCCACAAAACAUGAAGGCAAAAAGGAUAUAUUUGGGAUGACACUACCAUCCAUCCAGGUCUUAAUUCAGCUGUCACUGAGUUCCUAAUUUAUCUUUUAAUGAGUUGAUACACCUGCCUGGUACAGGUUGCUCAUCUCAUCAGCAGAACUGAAGACUGGUGUUUAUUGUAUUAAACCUGUUUAGAAGUUGAAAUGAAGGAAGCAGCCAUUGAAUGGUCACUGAAUGGAAUUUCUUUGCAGAAAAUAUAUUUAUUUUUGUUAUAAUAUUCAGACCUGUAUUCAUGUAUGUUCCCAUGUAUAUUCUCUUUAUCUCAAAGGACAAUGUUAAGAACAGAAAAUAUUUGUCAGCAGAAAAACACCUUUGUGAGUAUAUUUUCAGCAGCAUUCUUCAGGAAGGACGUUGCAACCGAUCGCUCUAUGUUACAGUCCAUAAGUACUCUUACUAAACAUGCUCUAAAAACUUGACAUGCUCUGAAGACUUACCCUGUAAAAGAUUGUUCUAAUUAUUUAUUAUGUGGGGAACAGUGAUUCUAAACAGUGAAUUAAAUGAAGAAAAUGUACAAAGAAUUGAACAUAUUGAUGUAGUUAGGAUUUUUGAUCUGAUUGCUUGAUUUCCACCUUGCAUGCACUGCUAAUAAAAAAAAACUACUGUACAUGUUUACUUUGUAAGAAUAAUAAAAAACUUGAGUAUGUUCUAAAAUGA